AUGCUCGGUCUGUUGCGUCCAAGGCUGACCCUCACGGACGAUAGCCUUACCAACGACAGCCUCACGAUCCAGACUGCCAAUGGAGCUAUCACCGGCCAUGUGUCCACCAGUCACACAGAGGUACUGGAGUUUCUAGGGAUCCCCUUUGCUCAGCCCCCCAUCGGUGACUUGCGAUGGGAAGCCCCGCAGAAAUACCAUGCCAACAACUCCUACCUUGCCAACACCUUUGUGACUGAUGCUAUACUCUGUAGUGACUGUCCAUAUGCACGCAUUUCUCUCUAUACUUACCCCGGUGAGACGGAGCAAUUUCCCCGCAUCAUGAAAGCAUUUGUUGCAUCAGAGGGCAACAACUCCCAGAGCGAGGAUUGCCUGACAUUGAACAUAUGGACGAGGUUGCCUUUACAAAUUCUUAAGCCAGUCUAUGUUCACUUCUAUGGAGGCCGAUACACCUCGGGUACCGCAAAUACCCCGUUCUACUUGGGGGCGGGUCUGGCAAGCACGCAGGACAUCAUUGUCGUGACGGUGAACUACCGCAUGAAUGUCUUCGGUUUCCCAGGCAUCCCAUCCCUGUCAACCAGCAAUCUUGGUCUGCUAGAUCAGCGUGCCGCCAUCGAAUGGCUUCGCGAUAAUAUUGAGGCCUUUGGCGGCGAUGCUAACCGGAUCGUGAUCUCGGGACAGUCCUGCGGCGGCGCCAUGGUGGACUACUGGGCCUAUGCUUGGCCAGACGAUCCCAUUGUGGCCGGAUUGAUCUCACACUCGGGAACGGCAUUGAGUUUUGGGGGCAACACGCUCGACCUGUCUGCGCGAAAUUGGGCGAAUAUCACUGUGCAGCUGGGAUGUCACACGGCUCCAGACGUGCUGGCCUGUAUGAAGCGCCAGUCAGUUUCGGCGUUGCUGAUCGCAGCGGGCAAGAUCCCCACCUUUUCGACCGGCACAGUGGGUCGCACACUGCCGGCUUUUGAGGCCACGAUCGACAACGUGACGAUCUUCAGUGAUUAUGAGACCCUGUCCUCAAAGGGCCGAUUCGCGCGCGUGCCCUAUCUCCUCGGCCACAAUGACAACGAGGCUGGAUUCUACAAGACCGCAGUCUACAUGCAAGGCAAAAACCUGACUGCCGAGCAAUGGCAGACAUUCAACGAGAACACUUUCACCUGCCCGACGGACUUCCAAGCCGCUCAUCGGGUGCGUUUCGGCGUGCCCGCCUGGCGUUUCCGCUACUUUGCUGACUGGAACAACACACGUCUGUAUCCCACAAGUGGUGCAUAUCAUGGAGUUGAUCUGAACAUGAUCUAUGGCAACUCCGAAUUGUUCACCGGUCUCCCCGCAUCUGCCGGGCAGGACCAACUGACAUCUCGGAUGCAAGCGGCGUGGGCAGCCUUUGUCAUCGAUCCCACUGCGGGGUUGAGCAAGGUGGGAUGGCCCGUCUUUGAUCUGAACAAUAACACCUUAAUCUGCCUGGGAUAUAACAAUCAACCUGGGGUUGCAUUGGUCAACCCUUCUCUGUACAAUCGGGCAUGUACCCAUUUGUCUAAUGGGUACUGA